UCUUAGCAAAGCUUGAAGAUUGUUGAUAAAAAUGUCGAUACCUGCCAACGGGUUGAGUGCGAUAAUCAGCCAAACAACGCAUUAGAAUAGCAAAGGAUGAUAAUUUAUUGAAAGUUCACAACCUUGCUAAGUUUGAACGCGAGUGGUCUUUGAUUCUAUACAAACUGACACAUUAGGAGCUGUUUUGUUUUGAUAAAGGCGCACUUAAUUGCCUUGGCUAGGCCGGUCAAGUUUGACAAAUGUUCAGGAUAGAUGUUUCAAUAAAAGUAAUUUGGAAUCAGCCUUCUGGACAAGCUGUACUGGAAUGAAGGACCGGCUUGGAGAAGUAACGAUGAAUCACAGUAGUCGUGAAGCAAGUGGAAGGACACAUGCCUCGAGACAAAUGAUUAACGACCUAGAAACCAAAGUGGAUGUUCGGUUGUCUUUUCCCAACAUGGAACAGGCUGAAAAAUCUCGAAGGGCAAGAGCUCGAGAAGCCAUGGAGGUUGUCAACCCAUCUUUGGCUCACAAGAUCAUUUCAGAGGACGGUGUCUUGAGCCGAGAGGAUAAAGCUGCCGUACAUAUUCAACGAAUGUUCAGAGGGUACCUCGCAAGAAAAAGAUAUUUUGAAUUGCUUUAUGAGAAGUUCAUUCGGGAGGAAGCAGAGAUGGAGGAAAGGCGGCGCCAGCAAGUUGAAGAAGGAGAGCUGCUCAUCGAAAAUCAUCGUCUCGAACACGAGCUGGAGGACAAAGCAGUUAUUAGACGCAACCGUGCAAGGUCCGCAGACGCACACGCAACGACCAUUCAGCGAGCUUGGAAGCGGUACAAACGAAAACAGGAAGGAAUUGCCAUCCCCGAUGAUCCCAUAAACAUAGGACGAGCAGAGGACGGCUAUAACGAGGAAGAAUUCCCAUAUUAUUACGAUAGCUCUAAUUAUCGAAUGCGCAAUUACGAGGAUUGCGACGAACAUGGAGUCGAUAUAAACGAUAUUUUCGACGAUAGCCUCGAGUAUGCCGAUCAUACUUCGGAAGGAGAUGAGAGUGAUCGAAGCGAUUUGUCCGAUCUCGCAAGAAGUUUUCCUGGAGAUUAUUUGAUCGAUGAUGAAUUCAAUGGUAAAUUUGAAAGCAUGGACUUAAAAUUCAAUCGUUAUGGGUUAACGGAAGAUUGUCGGACUAAAGAUUUCGUCGAAUCUACGCUUCCCGAACCUACGACCGACUGGAACACUAUCGAAUCGGUUUUAACGAACGAAUCAGGUGUGAAUUCGCCAGAGGAUGGGGACAUUGACGAUGAAGAAGACUUAUCUAGGAAAUUAUCCACGGGACCGAAUUUACAACUUGUAUUCGUUGAUGACGAUGGAGAGGACACUGACAAUGAAAGCGAUCCGGAAGUUAAGGUCUACAUAGUCGAUGACGAGAGAAACACAGACUACAUCGGUGAUCGCUGCAAGUCGAUGUCCUCCGGAGAUUUGUUUGACGAGCGAGAAAUCGACUCCAGGGAUUCCGGGUGUGUCCCUGGGGAUCUCGUCGACUUGAACAUAGACUACGUGACGGAUUACACUCCUAAUCAGUUAAGCCAAGGUCCUGUACCAGCAGAAGAAUCGAAACGUGUUUUAUACUCGUUGCAAUUGCAUGAGGAACACGAGAAACAGGAGAAGGAAAAAGUCGAGGAGAAGAAGAGGCAAAGUGUCGCUCCGAAUUCUAUCUAUCUAAAACUGGCGAAGAGCAGGUUUUUACAGAGGGAACUCGAGGAUAAAGUUCAGUUGGUUUCAAAUGAACUCGUUGACGCCUUGAUGGCCAGGGACAGUUUACAUGCAGAACAGGAAUCAUUGUUGAUGGAAGUCGAGGAUUUAUCAAAGUGAACUCGCCCAAAGUCGACAACAGCGAGAAUCGACAAAGAACUCCACUAAACUGAAAUUUUAAAUAACGUGUUUUUAUUGUUUCUCUAAGCUAUCUAGACUAGAAAUUAGGUCUUUAUCACCUUCCCGGGUUGAAAUCUUUAUUUAAACACGAACUGUUAAAACUUUGCUUGUUUUUACCUCUUUUUAUUCAGUGAAUUUGUACACGUUUUAGCCUAAGUUUUCGUAUGAUUUACUUACAAAUCCUUGAUUAGAUGCAAAAUGAAAUGUUUGGUAGAUGCAAAGUUUACAGUAAAUUGUGUUUGUGUGAAGUUCAGUAAAUUCGCAUUGUUUACCCUUUGUCACUUGCCUAACAGGCAAAAUACAAUACUGCAAUACCUCUAAUUCCCUUUGAAAUGCAUAGCACAAAAAACCCAUUUCUUUUCAAAUAUAUGACAUUGAUGGCAUCGACUGAUUCUAAACCCAAAUAACAUUGCAAUAGAUUUGCAUGUUUGGUUUAGUAAAAUGCCUUAAUGUAUUAGCAUUUUUACCCAAGAGAACUUAUUUUACAAGAAGAGUUAAAAUUGUUGGUCAAAAAUUUCUUAGAUAGUGUGAUGUCAUGCAAUUAAGCACGCGAUAAUAUCGCUUGUUUUCCCCUUUAAAUCUUAUUGACUAUUCGGAUACCGACCGACCUCUUUGCAUAUAAAUGCGUUAGUUGUUUUUUCAACAGAAUUUCCCAUUUCUAUGGCAUUAGAUUUUAGUUCUACUUUGAUUAGCUAUAAUCCGUAGAUUCCUACAGAGAUUAUGUUCAACACAUUUUGUCAAAAACCUGGACCCAAUGCUAGUAUUACCUGAUAAGCUUUUUCAGCAGUCUGUAUCCGGCCUUUUUAUGCAUUGCAACCAAAAAAUCUUCAAAUAUUAAAAGUUAUCCGUAUGAUUUCAUAUGAAUGGUGUUUGUGCAAACCAAACGAUUAAUUUCAAAGGAUAGAGAGAUUUGGUUGUGUAAGAAACGCUACUUGAUCUCUUGUUUAUCAUAAUGCGAGCUGUAUAUUUUCUUUACAAUCUUAAUCCAAGACCCGAAGAUUUUCAAUAAAGUUUUACACCAUUUCGAAAGCCAGGACCUUCCACAAGAAAGAUAUUUUGUUUUAUUCUUUUUCAAUAUAGAUAUUAUAGAACAUAAUAUUUUUAACGUUUUAAAUUUAAUGCAGUAGGUUAAGGGCAAGCAGAUUCGGGUUUGUUCAACAUUUUUUUAAGCUACAAAAUUCAUUGUUUUCAGUGUAGUUAUUAAGUCAUAUUUUAGACUAUCUACUUUAAGUUUACCUGGGGCCGCUUUUGGAUCAUGUACUUGUACAAAGUCCGGCUCGCUUUAGCUAAACCCGGCCUUCUCCGGUUACUUGUUUCUUCCGGUUAAUUGCUCAAUCUAUGAAAAGAAUUUCAAUUUCUGGAAAUUUGCCAUUGCCCGGUAGACGGUGCACUCUGUACCGGACCUUAUCCGGUCCCAUACGAUCGGUUUUAAGUAACCGUGGAUAAUUAAACGGAACAGCAAGUAGGACAUGUUGCAUCAUCAUUUGGUCUUAAAGAAUAGCAGUAAUAACUUUGAUAGCUAUGUCGCUAAGUGUACAUACUACAUUUAGAUUAUAGAUAUUUACCAUUUUAAUUAAAUUAAUGUCCUGAUUUUUUGAAUGUAUGUGAGUCGUUUUUGAUCAGAUUAAAUGCAAUUCACGAAACAGCAUUUGUUUCUGCCAGUUUACUGCUUGAGGACACGAGAGUGCUCAUGCGUUGCAUUCUUUGUUUAUUUGGUACUGUUGUAAAGCCGAGGUUCUUAGUCAGAGAUGGCAUAGUUUGACAUUUUCCUUUUAUUUGACGAAUCUCUUUACAGAUCUGACCAAGCGAGUCUAUUGAAACAUUGGAAGCAGUUAGGGUGAUUGAGAAAAUAGGUAAGACCUCAGAUUGGGAACGUGAACGGAUAGAGCUAAUUGCAAGUUACCUCUCUAAUUGAAGACAAAGAGUAAAAAAAGGGUCGACAUACAGUAAUUGGUUGAAAACGAAAACCGGUGCACCACAAGGCUCUGUGCUAGGUCCGUCGCUCUACAACUUUUUCCUCAAUGAUUUUAUUUACAUUAUCGAGUAGUUGGAGGUAUGAAAUUCUCUAGAAUUUCACUUAUGGCGAUUCUUUUGAAGUUAUUGCCUUAAGUCUUGAAGAGGAUAUGUCUAAAUCGAUGUCCUGGUUUAAAGUGCCUAUGAAAUGAAAUUUUACACAUAGUUUUUUUUAAAAGAAACUGAAACUUCUGUACAUUGUUUCGAUAAAAAACGAAAAUUAACUCGAAAAUUUGCACGGGAAAGUUUGUUUUGGGGGUUUCAAAAACAAUUAGUGUGAGUGACAAAGCAUAAGAAUCAGUGACGUCACAAGGUUUGCAGUUGGUUCGUCUUCAAAAUAAACACACCAUACCACGUUGUCAGUCAGGGCUGUUAGUCAAACAAUUGUACAAAUUGUGAUACUAGCAUAACAUUUUGCAAAAAGGCGUAAUUUGAUGCGAUGAAAAAGAUAGGAUAUGGACCCCAACUGAAAAUUGCCCAUUUGGCUAUUUUUAGACCGGAAUUCUUUGCUCCAAGCCGCUAACGGCAUUAUUACAAUAUCUCUUCUGAAAGUAGGUAAAAUAACACGAAACUGUGCAAAACAGCAAAACAGGACAGUUUGAUAUGCUGAAAAAGAUAGAGUACAGAACCUAACUGAAAAGUGUCCCCUUUUUCUGUUUUUAAACUGGGGUACCUUGCUCAAGACCUUUAAAGAUGGAGUGAUCGCAUCUCAGUCGUACUAAAGUACUACAGCACGAAACUGUGCAAAAUGGGACAGUUUGAUAUGCUGAAAAAGAUAGGAUAUAGAUCCCGUGUGAAAAUUAUCCCCUGGGGCUAUUUUGAGACUAUGGUACUUUAUCGUAGACUAGGGUGACCUCCAUUCUGCUUAGUGUACUAAACGCCAACUGCUUCCGUGUAUGCAAACUUUGCGACGUCACAGAUAUCGCGCGCUUUGUCACAGUCGAAAACGUAAAAAAGAGGUAUUCAACUUAGAGGGCGGAUGCCACCCAAUGGCAAAAAUCCCUUUGCAAAAGGGCGUUUCUGGUGUUCGAAAGAGGGUGGACCCCCAAUUUUCCCUGACUCAACUAGGCUUCGCCCCCCAAGCGUACCACUCUAGCUAUGCUACUGCUUAUGGAACUACCUUAAGAAUGAUAUUAAAAGCAUAACGUCCGUUUGCUCAUAUAUUGUAAAAAGAUGGUCUAAAUUAGUUUUACCUAUAAAACUAUUCAAUUUAAUUAAACUACAAUUGCAAACUUCUCUAUUACAGUACAUAGGUAGUUUGUGACUGGUUAGCCUGGGUCUACAAGACUAUUACAAUAGUAAGCGCAAAAGGGAGAACUGAGAAAAAAGAAAGAGAACAAAAGCAACUAAAAUUAAAAAGAAAGUAAUUUAAACCAAUUGUCAUUUAAUUUAGCAAAAACAUAAAAAACUCACAAAUCGCAGUAUUACGAGGUAGUUAGGUAGUUUGUAAAAGAAAAUAUUACAAAAUAAUAAUUGAAACUUUUCAUUUUAAAUUCCAGUUGAAACUUCAAUUCCAAAAUCUCAUUAUUGCAUAGGUAAUUUGCAACUGGCUAACCUGUUUUUACAAAAUAAAACUAUUACAAUCGUCAGGCACUAUGUGAAUUUGUGAAUUUUGACCAAAUAUGUGAAUUUUGUAGCUUAGGAUUUUGGUAUUUUAAAUGUAAAAAUCUUAGACCUUAUUAAAAUUCAAACUCUUGAGCAGACACAUCUUCUAAUCGUUUUUAAUUGUGAAGCCCUGUCUCCACUGGAUCUCAAAUUGCACCAUUGCAUCGUUUGUUUCCUUUUUGACAGGGGUUAAGUUGAAUUCAAUUAUUUUGAACAGGCAAGGUGAAUUUCUGGAUAAGAAGUUUAAAUUUCACCAUCAGUACUGAUUGAGCCUGAAGUUUUGAAAAAUCAUUCCCUGUAUUGAUCAGAACAAUUGAAAAUAGGAAUUUUUUUAGAAACAACGAGUGGCCAAUUCAAUUAAAAACAUUAAAAAUCUUUCAUUGCUAGAAGUUCUCAACGCUUCUUAACGGGUGUAUGCUAAGCUCCUCCUGCACUUUGUAGACCUCCUUAAAUCUUAUCAUAAAUUGCUAUGAUAAAGUGGAUGAAAAACCACAAAACAUUGAUCAAAGAAGCGGCAGAAGAAGUAUUUGAUCAAAAAAGAGUGUUUUAUCCUACGAAUCAGGCAUAUGCACUUGCCCUCAGAUCCCCCUUUUCAGUUCCAAAAAGCAAAGGACAUUUAGCCCUUUGAAAAUUGUAAAACAUUUCAUUCAAUCAAGAACAAAAGAUGAAAUUGUCAAUUCCAUGAUGCUUCUAUAUUGUGAAAAAUAUAUUUUAUAUAAAACUGAUCUGCAGCAAAUAGCUUCAAGAUGGGCAAAGCAGAAAAUGAACAGAAUUGCUGUUAAUUGACUUGAAAGAAUGUUACUUUUUAUCAUUAAACAUAUCCAAAAUCUAAUACUGGUUUGGCUUUGAUGUUGAUUUACAUCUUACGAAAAGAUUAAAUGUUCGUGUAACGUUAAUCAAAAUUUAGAGAUUUCCUUUACCGUCUUUAGUGCUUUUAUGCUUAAGACUAAUUAUUAUGAGUAAAAUGUUGGUAAUUAUACAGAACCAAGAUAUCUGGAAUAAACAUAAGGCUAUUUCCAAAAAACAAUUUAGUAGGUACAAAAGAUUAACAGGUCGAAAGAAAAAUUUAUCAGGUAAAGUUGGAAUUUUCAACCUUCCACGACCCCCCAAAAUUAGUCACUUGUUUACGUCCCUGACAAUCGUAAGACAGGAAGAGUACCUUGUCCAAACCAAUACCCCGGCCUGUUUUGCUUUGCCUUUUUUACCUCGCUCCCUUUAAAGCAAAUUAAAAGCAGAAACCAUCUAAGCGUUUGAAUGAUAUGGAGAAGUCUUUUUGGUAUUGAAAAAAGCAUUUGGGGAGUUUUUUCAAAAGAUCGUUCUUUCCCACGAGAAGGCACUUUAGCCCCACGGAGGGGCUUCGCACGCGCAGCCUUUUCCCAAAAGGGCUCUCUUGGGUCCUUGUGGGUAACGAAAAUGUUAUCUGAUUGGUUAUCUCAUAUUUGAUCAACCAAUCAUUGAGUGUUAUUGAAAACGGUUGCAAAGUAUAAAAUCAAAAGAACACAUCAAGACGUUGUGCCUGCACACCACAAAUCGAAGAUCUUGAUCACGCCAAAGUAAAGUUAUAACUUACUCCGACGAAAGCAAAAUGGUUGGAGCAACGAGACAAAGAUCAGCUAUAACAAUGAAUACGCGUUUGCAGCGAAAUACUAAAGGCAGCACGG